GUGUUUGCAAACCCACUGCUGCAGCUAGUCUUUCGCGCGAAAUCAAGUAGGGGACAUCGAAAUGGCAAGCACUGCUCUGAAGCACGCAACCGCGCCAACAACAUUGCAGCAAGCACAAACAGGUGCUUUGCUUGCGCUGCUUAACCUGAACGCCCCGUCAGACCCCGUUCAACGACCGGGAACACCGUCAGGCAAAGCUUCGACUGCACUCAAGGUUCCCCCCGCCACAGGGCCUCCCGUGUGGAAGGUCUUAGUGCUAGACCAGCAAACGAAAGACGUGUUGGCAACUGUGCUCCGAGUACAAGACCUUCGUGAUGUCGGCGUCACCCUCCAUGUACAACUACACUCUCUACGCCCUCCACUGCCAGACGUUCCGGCUAUUUACUUCGUUGCCCCCACCCUCGACAAUGUAAGACGGAUAGCGGAAGACCUCGACAAGUGCUUGUAUGAGUCCUUCCACCUCAACUUUGUGGAACCCCUCCCCCGUGCCUUGCUAGAGGAGCUGGCCGCCUCUGUUGCAAGCGCAGGGACAGGUGAAUUAGUUGAACAGGUCCUUGAUCAAUAUCUAUCCUUCAUCGCACCCUCUCCCUCGCUCUUCUCAUUGUUGUCCCCACUGCCUCCUACCGCACCAUUUAGUCAGGCAGGGCCGUCACAGGGACAAACUAUGACAUGUUAUAAACUCCUAAACUCCCCAUCAUCCACCGAGCAACAGAUAGAAGAGGAGAUUGAACGGAUUUCCAGUGGCCUUUUCAGUGCUGUUGUCACGAUGGGCCAUGUUCCGAUCAUCCGCGCGCCCAAAGGCAAUGCGGCGGAGAUGAUAGCCAAAAAGCUCGACAUCAAAAUACGAGAUGCGAUUCUUUCGGCCUCCCGAACUCAUGGUGCUACAACAUCAUUAUUCGCCCAAGAUGCAUCCGGCUUGUCAAAUCUGCAACGACCACUGCUGCUGAUUCUUGACAGGAACAUUGAUCUCGUUUCGAUGAUCUCGCAUGGAUGGACAUAUCAAGCCCUGGUGUCCGAUUGUCUAGAGAUCAAGCUCAAUCGCGUAGUCGUCACUCAACCACAGAAGCGCUCAUAUGAUCUCGAUUCCAAGGACUUCUUCUGGGCAAAGAACGCGCCGAACCCAUUCCCUCAAGUCGCUGAAGAGAUUGACACGGAACUGAACAAGUACAAACAAGAUGCUGCCGAAAUCACGCGAUCUACGGGCGUCAGUGAUGUCAACGACAUUUCGCAAAUUGAUUUAUCUUCCAAUGCCACACACUUGAAGACUGCGAUCACGCAGCUACCAGAACUGACUGCGCGGAAGGCUGUUCUAGAUACACAUAUGAACAUAGCCACCGCAUUGCUAGAGCAGAUCAAGAAGCGUGGGCUUGAUGAACUCUUCAGCACAGAAGAGGCUAUCAACAAACAGACCGUUGCUUCGGUUCUAGAAACACUCCGUGCUCCUCGACCGAGUGGCACCUUUACACCGGAGGAUAAACUGCGCUUAGUUCUGGUCUUCUACUUGUCAUCAAUGGACAAUGCAAUCUCCAAGGAUGAUAUCGCCGAGUUAGAAAAGGAAUUGAAGGAGGCUGGAGCCAAUAUCGCAGCAUUUGAAUAUGUCAGACGUACUCGGGAAAUAUCCCGGAUGUCCGUACCCACUACUGUAGGAGGAACUGCGACGCCCGUACUCGGUGCAGGCCAAGGAGAACUCUUCAGAGGCUUCACAGCAUUCGGAAACAGACUCACUGACCGACUCAAAGAAGGGGGUCUCGACAAUCUUAUCUCGGGUGUCAAGAACUUCCUACCAGCGAACAAAUUGCUCCCUGUUACUCGACUUACAGAGGCUAUCAUGGACUCGUCUGCAGCCUCGAACCAGUCACUGCAAGAAACAGACGACUAUAUUUUCCUUGACCCCCGAGCUUCUCGACACGCUGGGCUCGGUAUUUCAGGUGGUCCAGGCGGUCCAGGAGGUGGGGGCACGUUAGGAGCAGGUAGAGCGAAGCGCAUGGCAUUUUCAGAGGGCAUGGUGUUUGUUGUUGGAGGGGCAGGAUAUGUUGAGUACGGAAACCUGGAGGAAUGGGCGGCGAAGACUGGAAAGCGGGUCACCUAUGGCGGCACAGAGAUCAUUGACCCAGGGGCAUUCGUCAAUAUUCUUGAGGAUCUUGGAAAAUCCACUGCGUGAUACACAUUCGUACCUCCCUAGCUAAUAAUACAUGUGGACUAUGAGAUACCUUAUGAACGUGAUUAUAUGAGAGAUGUUUAUAUUAUUGGUCACCAGCAGUUCGUGCAUCCCGACAUCUCGUGCAGUCACAGAAUGAGUAAAGGCUGAGUGGUGAUGAAAGCCAAGGCAGGGCAAUCGGGGAUCGAGUAAAUCACUUUCGGUUAUUUUGGCGCAUAGCCAGAAUCUGAACAAGGCGGAUGCUGAAAGAAAACCUCAGCCGGUAAUGCCACUAAGCAAGAUGAAA